UACACUGUACAAUGUACAGGUCGAAUGUGUAAGCUGGAACGAUUGUACUUGACCCACAACCUCCUCACAAACAGAACUACCCGCAGAUCCAUCCCGUUCACAAUAUCAUUCUGCAGGCGAUUAGUAGAGGUGUACUUGGAUAACAACCAGCUGGAUGCUCUGCCCUGUAUUCUCUUACGAGUCCCAUCUCUGGAGCGGGUGCAUAGACAUGGAAACCAUAAUUAUUUCAAGAACACGUUUAUGUUCUACCACACUGAUAUACAAGACCGGAUAUUGAUGAUGCCAGGAAUGAAUUUAAACAAAAUGUUUCUGAGGAAGGAUUUAAAGAAUUUGGCAGCAGGCGCAGUUCUAUCAUCUCGUGUGGAUUUCUACAAUAAUCCUACAGUUCCACCAGGAGUUAAGGAAUACCUCUCUCUCAAAGCAAACAAUGCAGAGUUAUGCGACCAGUGUAGUCGUGUAUUGACCAGCUCAAGUCCCAGCUACCGUGUUUUUACCUUCAAGAAUCCAUACCUAGGGAACACAUGUGUUCCUUUCCAGCACACAGCGUGCACGCUCCUUUGCGCGGAGGAUAUAGAAAUACCUGCGCGUAGGGAACAGAUGAAUUCGGCGCGUCAACAAGACUUGGAAUAUGAACAAUACAUGCAGCAGUCGAUGCAGGAUAUGCAUCAAGAGCGAGGAAUUCUAGGAUCAAGAUCUGACACCCUCCGAUCAAAAACUUCAAGGUAAUUAACUAAUUGUAUAUAUGUGUUGUUGCAUAAGUUCCAUGUUUUAUUGCUGGAUGUCUCUGUAUUACAAUGAUCCAGUUUUUGUCAUACUAUGGCAAUUAACAGAGGGGUCAUGCUUAGAGAGAGAAAAACGAUUAAAAAAUUUGCGGAGGGUCCAUUGAGAAAUAACUCCGAUAGUCCCUUAAAGCAUGGAUAAUUUAUUUCACAAACAAAAGUUUUAUUUCACCAUAGACAAAAGAACUAACAAUUGAUAAAAUGUUUUUUUUUUAAUUGGACAUGAAAAGUCAAGUUUUGUCAUCCUUUAUCUAU